AUGGCGACUCACCAUAACCAGUAUGCAUGGCAACAGAUCGAGCAGAGGGUUUGGCAACGCUCCGUUGACGAGAUUGAACAAUCUUAUGCUGUGUUGUCAAAGCUAUACGAAGGUAGCGGUCGGAUGCUUUUCGCUAUUACUGGCCACAUAUCGCUUUCCUUCGACUUCGUUGACUCCUUUCCUGAUAACUUGGAUACUCGCGUUGAUACGGCUCUGAGUAAUGCUUGGCUCACUCUUAGACAAGAUCACCCGACGAUUGCGUCAUAUGUAAACUACGACGCCAACACGAACGGAUUUACAAAGGUGUAUCGCACAAUUUCUACAAUAGCUGAUCAGCAGGCCUGGAUCGAUGAAACCUUUGUCAAUAUCUCUAACCAACCAGACCGGAUCUGA